AUGCCCCCUCCGCCCUUGGCCCAAGGUGCCCGUCUGGCAGAGAAGACUUUGGCUAUCGUUGCUUGGAGGGAGCUGCUUCCUGACUCCAAAGUGGCAGUCGCAUUUCCUUGGGCGUCAAAAGAAGCCAGAAGUAUAAAAGAGACUGUGGUGGAGGCAGAGAACGGCCUUGCAUUUGAAGAAAGACUGGAGAGUUCUUCUAGAGGGCCCCAAGAGCUAAUUUCCUUCCCGAAUGACGUGGCUGAAUCAAAGGAUGAUCAGAGGAAUGAGGAGGGUGAAGAAGUUCAUCAACAAAUGCCAGAUAGAGUUAAAAAUGAAGACUUGAAUGAAAAUGUCAGGGAUCAAAGCAGAAUGAAGAGAAAGAAAGGCGGCUGUAUGGUUAAGAAGCGUGAUGGAAGACAGCGGAAUGUGCAUUUUCCAAAGCACAGGAUAAUGAAGGCAAGUACAUCUAUUAAGUGCGGAAAGUAUUUCAGAAAUAGAUCACAACUUCUUGUGCACCAAGGAAUAAAAAGAGAGGAAAAACCUGAAUACUCAGAGACCGGACAUAAAUUCAGUCUCAGUGGCAAUCUUCAAUGUCAUCAGAGAACCCACACAGGGGAGAAACCUUUUGAGUGCUCGCAGUGUGGAAAGAGAUUCAGUGGAAGUGGCAAACUUCAAAAGGAUCAGAGAACGCACACGGGGGAGAAGCUUUUUGAGUGCUCGGAGUGCGGAAAGACAUUCAGUAGGAGUGGCGAUCUUCAACGUCAUCACAGAACCCACACAGGGGAGAAACCUUUUGAGUGCUUAGAGUGUGGAAAGAGAUUCAGUGGAAGUGGCGAUCUUCAAAAGCAUCAGAGAACCCACACAGGGGAGAAGCCUUUUGAGUGCUUGGAAUGUGGAAACAAAUUUAAUCAGAGUGGCCAUCUUCAAAAGCAUCAAAGAACCCACACAGGGGAAAAGCCUUUUGAGUGCUCAGAGUGUGGAAAGAGAUUCAGUGGAAGUGGCAAUCUUCAACGUCAUCACAGAACCCACACAGGGGAGAAGCCUUUUGAGUGCUUGCAGUGUGGAAAGAGAUUCAGUGGAAGUGGCGAUCUUCAAUAUCAUCAAAGAACCCACACAGAGGAGAAACCAUUUGAGUGCUCAGAGUGUGGAAAAAGAUUUAGUCAGAGUGACCAUCUUCAAAAGCAUCAGAGAACUCACACAGGGGAGAAACCUUUUGAAUGCUCAGAGCGUGGAGAAAGAUUUAGUCAGAGUGUCCAUCUUCAACAGCAUCAGAGAACCCACACAGGGGAGAAACCUUUUGAAUGCUCAAAGUGUGGAAAGAGAUUCAGUACAAGUGGCCAUCUUCAACAUCAUCAGAGAACCCACACAGGGGAGAAUCCUUUUGAGUGCUUGGAGUGUGGAAAGACAUUCAGUAGGAGUGGCGAUCUUCAACGUCAUCACAGAACCCACACAGGGGAGAAGCCAUUUAAAUGCUCAGAGUGUGGGAAAAGAUUUAGUCAGAGUGGCCAUCUUCAACAGCAUCAGAGAACUCACACAGGGGAGAAACCUUUUGAAUGCUCAGAGUGUGGAAAGAGAUUCAGUCAGAGUGGCAGUCUUCAACAUCAUCAGAGAACCCACACAGGAGAGAAACCUUUUGAAUGCUCAGAGUGUGGAAAGAGAUUCAGUACAAGUGGUCAUCUUCAACAUCAUCACAGAACCCACACAGGGGAGAAGCCUUUUGAGUGCUCAGAAUGUGGGAAGACAUUCAGUAGGAGUGGCGAUCUUCAACGUCAUCACAGAACCCACACAGGGGAGAAGCCAUUUAAAUGCUCAGUUUGUGGAAAGAGAUUCAGUCAGUGCGGCCAUCUUCAAAAUCAUCAGAGAACUCACACAGGGGAGAAACCUUUUGAAUGCUCAGAGUGUGGAGAGAGAUUCAGUAUGAGUGGCAGUCUUCAAUAUCAUCAGAGA